AUGGUACAGUCCAACCUUGAUCCCCUCGCCGAGCAAGUCGAAAGCGAGAAUGAGCUCGAAGGAAGUGAUGGCGCAGACUCAAUAGCAAGCUCCUCAGGCAUAGCCCUCGAACCCAUUCACGAAAACGGCCGAAGAUACUGUAAUGAAAUGUACUUCAUGCCGAACGACGAGCCCGAGCAGACCCGCCUGAGUAUCGUCCAUCAAGCAUUUCUAAUCUUGCUAGAUGGAGAAUUGACCACAGUCCCCCUGCCACCGGAAGGUCCAAGUCGUGUGUUAGACGUUGGUACGGGCCCGGGGGACUGGGCUGUUGAAAUGGGGCAACGGUAUCCGAAUGCAGAGAUCAUCGCGACAGACAUCAGCAUCUUUGACGGAGGUCCAGCCAUCAUCGGUCUUCCGAGCGUUCACUUCCAGCUUGACGAUGCUGAGGACGACUGGACGUACCACGCACCAUUUGACUUUAUCCAUUUUCGAGGUCUUUCCGGCGCAUUCAGAGAUUGGCGAGGCGUGUACGAGCAAGCCUUCAAACAUCUGAAGCCCGGCGGAUACAUUGAAGUAGUUGAGAGCGACCCGGCGGCAGAUAUCGUGACAUGGGCCAAUUCGAAUCCAGACUCUUAUCAUAACAUCUACGUCUCUGCCAUGCGGAAUGCCGCCGAUUCUUUGGGUUAUCCACGCGGCCGUGAUCAUUUGAAUCGUUCGUUGCUGACGUCGAUAGGGUUCGUGGAUGUUGGUGUUCAGGAUAUGAAUGUGCCAGUCGGGGCAUGGCCGCAGGAUGACCGGCAGAGAACGUUGGGCAAGAUGGUUCUUAUUGCGUGUCUGGAAAGCCUUGAGGCGAGAAGUCUCAGACCGUUGACUGCUACUGGGCAUUGGAAAGUGGAUGACGUGCGAGAUCUGUGCGAGAAGGUGAAGCAAGAGUUGAUGACGUCUGAAGGGUUGACCAUGUCUGUGCGGUUUGUAACAGCGCAGAGACCGGAGAAUACUUAG